AAUUCACACAACAAUGGCGCCAGUUGGGUUGACGGUGGUCUGAUCGUCUGCGAUUGUGGUCUGCGUCUGGUGUGCGUGACAUGAAUGCAUGAUGAAUGUUCGAUGUGUGCAGUAUCAUACACAGGGGGCUAUGGUGAACCCAAAGAGACGGUACGCGCCGUAAAAGUCGAGGUCUCUCGUUUCGAGGACUGGAACACCUCAUGGAGCGUUCAAGAGGAGGGCCACCGGAGCUCAACUGCACCUGAGGGCAGGGCGGAAGGUGCCGAAGAAAUGUCCCUAGUCGCGGUGCCGCGGCAGAACUUUGGCUGCGGCAUCUGCAACCAGCCAUUCCCGUCCCGGGAGCUUCUGUUGCGGCACCGCAGGAGGGCGCACAACCGAAUGGACGGGAGGGUAGAGUGCCGCUACUGCUCCUACUCUAGCAACCACAUGGCGACCCUCGACGCCCACGAGAGAAAGCACACGGGCGAGAAGCCCUUUGGCUGUGGGACGUGCGGGAAGACAUUUACGCGGAAGAGCAGCCUGAACCUGCACAUGAAGACGCACAUGCAGCGCAGGCCGUUCGGCUGCGACUCCUGUGGCCGGAGGUUCACGCAGAAGGUGCACCUGAUCUGCCACCAGCGGCAGCACACGGGCGAGGCACCCUACGAAUGCGACCGCUGCAAGAUGAGGUUCAAGAACUCGUCGGGCCUCAGGUCGCACAAGAUAAAGCAACACCCCGACAGUUAGCUCCGUUUAACAUUGUCGCGAGCUUAUGGGCAGGUUUUUGCUGGUUAUUUAAUGUAUUUGAGUGCUCUUUUGGGCAGUUGGGAUUCGGAUUGUUGAUGUAUCUUGGAACUUGGUAAAAGAAGAAAAACCUGGUAGUCUCGGAUUUGUUAAGGGGUCACUCGGGAGCUUUUAAGAGGUUCUCGAGAAUGUUCUUGAGUGCACGGUGGCACACCUUUCUCGCAGGUUUGUGUUUUGCCUGGCAUAUUCUGGACUUGAAUAUUGCUUCGUGUGUCCGCUCGACACCUAGAUGGUAACAGGGUGGUAGUUCUGGACUCCUUAUGUCGCCUACACGGGCCAGUGUAGGGCACAGCUUUGGCACAAGUGCUGGGUCAGCGUUCGGCUGGGAAUUGCAUUAAAAUCGGGGAGGACAAGAGUUUAAGCUGACGCGAAACUUACGGUCCAAUCCGUGCACUACCCUGGCCCGCAGAAAUUCCUGCUUUUUUAUUUUUAUCUAAAAAGGGGCCGAGUUUCUUUCUUUUGGUGUGCUUGUUUUCUCGACUAUUCACGCCACUAAGGACACUGCACGCUUUGCAAAAGGUUAGUUGGACACUGCAGUAGAUAUAUUCGAGAUACUUUUGAGACCGGUUAUAACAAAGUCGGCUAUAACGAAAUAGCGGCUACAGCGAAGUGAUCACGAUUUCCCAUUCCCUUUUGCACUUUGUUAACCGAAGUCGGUUAUAAUGAAAUAGCGGAUAUAGUGAAGUGAUUUCCGAUUCCCGUUGACUUCGUUAUAACCGGUCUCGACAGUAUGCGACCCUGGUUCAACGCUGUUGAGCAUAAGUUAGACAGUACAGUACAACUGCAGCGUCUAACUUAAACUGGUGUGCAUCAUGCAGUAGUGAUUACACAACUGCUGUUCCAAACUCAUUGCAUCCCACUGUUUUCAUGUGUGCGUUUUUCAUGCUAGAUCUUGUAGGUGUUUCGUGGGCUGACCCAGAUUUGUUUUGGAUGUUUGCUCUGUGUUUGAAUGUACUGCGGUUGUAUAAAUUCCCAUUGUUGGGACAGGUUGUGCACCAUUGCAAUCCGUUUCAGCUUUGGGUGAGUUUACCUGAGAGUCCAGAAAUGAGCAGACUUCGCCACAGCAAACACGUUUGUCCUUUUAUUUUAGACACCAGUAACUUUUUUCUCGCUGCUAUGUCUAGAGCUCCAGUCAUACUGCUCAUACAUGGUCAAGAGACGCGGUGUUUGCUGCGGAGAUGAUGACAGAAAUGUCUCCAGACGAACCUCAAGCACAUUCAAAUGUUUGCUUCAUACAUAUGUAUGCAACUUGUCUGGAGACCAUUUUUGUAUGACCGAUCUAAUGGCUGACCAUCAUGCAGUGAUGAAGCUUGCCUCAGAUUAUCUUUUUGUAUGAUAUGAGCAUUGUGACCGUGGCUUAAGGAUUGUUGAGUCACUGCAGUCAUUGUAGCAGUACCCUAAGCAUUAUUUAAUUGACGAACGGAAAUGUAAUGCCUCAUGCUGUGCUUAGUGCCACAUCAUUGUAACAAAUUCUUCUACCUGAUGCAUAAUAAAUGGUGUUGAAUGAGAA